GCAGGGCGCAGAGCGGGCCCGGCCCGCCCCGGCCGCGGGCGGCGGCAGGAGGGAGGGAGGGAGGGAGGAGGAUGGAGGCAGCCGGCCGCUCCUCUCUCCGCCCCCUCGCUCCUCUCCCCUCCUCCGCGCUCCUCUCUCCGCCCCAGCGCUCGGCCCCGGUGAGCCGCGCCGCCGCAUCGCAAAGCCCGUCCUCAGACGAGGUGCAGCCGCCGCCCGACACCCGCCGCCGCCGCCCUCCCGCGUGGCCCACAUGGAGGAUUACCACAAACCCGACCAGCAGACGCUGCAGGCGCUGAAGGACGCGGCCAACCGGCUCCGCAUCAGCUCCAUCAAGGCCACGACCGCGGCCGGCUCCGGCCACCCUACAUCAUGUUGCAGUGCAGCAGAGAUUAUGUCUGUGCUGUUUUUCCAUACCAUGAGGUACAAAGUGCAAGACCCCAGAAACGCCAGCAACGACCGGUUUGUUCUUUCAAAGGGUCACGCAGCACCAAUUUUAUAUUCUGUUUGGGCAGAGGCUGGCUUUCUACAAGAAGCAGAAUUACUGAACUUGAGGAAAAUUGAUUCAGUCCUGGAAGGACACCCAGUGCCAAGACAAGCCUUCACUGAUGUGGCUACUGGAUCCCUUGGGCAGGGACUUGGUGCUGCUUGUGGAAUGGCAUACACUGGCAAAUUCUUUGACAGAGCCAGCUACCGAGUGUACUGUCUGCUUGGAGAUGGAGAGUUAUCUGAAGGCUCUGUUUGGGAGGCAAUGGCCUUUGCUGGCUUUUACAAGCUUGAUAAUCUUGUUGCUAUAUUUGAUAUUAAUCGUCUUGGACAAAGUGACCCUGCUCCUCUGCAGCAUCACGUUGAAAUCUACCAGAAACGCUGCGAGGCCUUUGGCUGGCAUGCCAUCAUCGUGGAUGGACACAGUGUGGAGGAGCUUUGCAAAGCCUUUGGCCAGGCCAAACAUCAGCCAACAGCCAUCAUUGCAAAGACUUUUAAAGGCAAAGGCAUAUCAGGUGUUGAAGAUAAAGAAAGCUGGCAUGGAAAGCCCCUUCCAAAAAAUAUGGCUGAACAGGUCAUUCAGGAAAUAGAUGACAGAAUCCAAAACAAGAAAAAGCUUUCUCCAGCCCUUCCAGAAGAAGAUGCACCUAUAAUAAAUAUUAGAAACAUUAAGAUGCCAUCUCCACCAACUUACAAAGUGGGAGAAAAGUGGGCCACCCGCAAGGCUUACGGGGUUGCACUUGCAAAACUGGGCCACGCCAACGAUCGAGUGAUUGCUCUGGAUGGCGACACAAAGAACUCCACCUUCUCAGAGCUCUUCAAGAAGGAACAUCCCAGUCGCUACAUUGAGUGCUACAUUGCUGAGCAGAACAUGGUGAGCAUUGCAGUUGGUUGUGCCACUCGUGACAGGACCGUUGCUUUUGCCAGCACCUUUGCCACCUUCUUCACGCGGGCGUUCGACCAGAUCCGCAUGGCUGCCAUCUCCGACAGCAACAUCAACCUCUGCGGCUCCCACUGCGGCGUCUCUAUCGGUGAGGAUGGGCCAUCUCAGAUGGGGCUGGAGGAUCUGUGCAUGUUCCGGGCUAUUCCAAAUUCCACUGUGUUUUACCCCAGCGAUGCUGUAGCCACUGAAAAAGCUGUGGAAAUAGCUGCCAACACCAAGGGCAUUUGUUUCAUCAGAACCAGUCGUCCUGAAAACCCUGUCAUUUACAACAACAAUGAGGACUUCCAUAUUGGACAGGCAAAGGUGAUUUUGAAGAGUAAGGAUGACCAAGUGACUGUGAUUGGAGCAGGAGUCACUCUGCAUGAAGCACUGGCUGCAGCGGAGCAGCUGAGAAAAGAAAAAAUCUACAUCCGUGUGAUUGAUCCCUUCACUAUAAAGCCCCUGGAUAAGAAGACAAUACUUGAAAACGCAAGAGCAACCAAGGGCAGAAUCAUCACUGUUGAGGACCAUUACCAUGAAGGUGGCAUUGGCGAAGCCGUGUGUGCCGCUGUCGUGGGCGAGCCCGGUGUCACCGUCACUCGCCUGGCCGUGUCCCACGUGCCCCGCAGUGGGAAGCCAGCUGAGCUGCUGAGGAUGUUUGGCAUUGACAAGGAUGCCAUCAUGCAGGCAGUGAGGGCAGCCGUGUCCAAAUCCAGGAAUGCCGAGUAGAUCAAAGCAUCCCGUGCUGUGUAACGGAAGAGCUGCGUUCAGAGAGGUUAAGGCAGGCAAAGGUGCUUUAUGUAGAGAGUUCUAAUAAAAAUACCAGCUUAAAAAACCUUCUGUGGUGUCAUCUCUUUUUUUCUCUGUGGGGUUUGGUGCUGUGGGGCAAUACCUGCAUGUUGACAGUCCCACCUCUCUGCAUUGCCCCUAGCUAUUCAAAACCAAAGGCAAGGAGGAAAUACCCAAUGUGCUGGGUGAUGCCAGAGUGGAAUGAGAUGCUCCAGGUCCUGGGGAACCACAGGGAGGUGGGGCCCAGCAGAGGCCUGGGCUCAGGUAGGAGCUGAAUGCUGAAUGCAGACAGCACAAGUGAAGGAAGUUGAAACUCUUCAUAGGAACUUGUAGCUUUGAGUGCUUGGCUGAUGCUACAGCAAGGGUGAUGCUGAGAAGGACUAAAGAUCUGGAAGAAGAACAAGAAAUUCCCAGGUACUCAAGAGGAUGCAGCUCAAUGUGUAAGUUGCUUUUUUGUUGAGAACUGACUUUUCUCAUGGGACCUGCUGUAAGUGGCUUAGCUGUUCAUCUGGCAUGGUGGGAUGCACUUGGUGACUUUUUAAAUGUUUUGCUGUUUUAAAAUGUUUUGCUUAUUUUACCCUUAAGUAGUUUCUGUUAAAAUUAAAAAUUUAUGUUUACUGCAGAGUACCAAAUUUAAAACAUUAAGUAUUGAAACAUGUUACUCGUCUUGAUUGUUCCAUAAACUGCCUUUCAGAAAGACAUUAGAGAGCAGAGGAUAUUAAAGAAGCCCUUUUCAUCAGAGCAUGGUGACUCUGCAUAGUUUUUUCACCCAAAAGCCAUUUGCCACUAGCAUGGCUACAGUGGUCUGAGCAACACUUUAUUUCCAGACUAACACAAAGUAUACAGUAUUUUGGGAUGGUGGAAUAUUUCUGCAAAGACAUGUAAAGGAGCAUAUAAAUACUAUGAAAUAACUUGUAUUCAUCCUUCUUGCACUAUUUAGCCCUUGAGGCAUUGGGUGGCAGCUGUGCUGUGUUGGUGCAGGCCUGAGUGCAACUGUUGGUGUUUCUGGCAGUGCAGCUGGAACUGCAGGCAAGAGUGACUGAUGCUGGUGCUUCAAAUUACACACAACAAAAACUAACCUUUCUAAUUUUCUGAGAAAGGCUUGAAAUUGUUCCUGUAAAAUGCUGAGCUGGGCUUUAUAGCUUUCAGAUUUACCUUUCCUUAAAAAUCCACGUUUAUGGCUUUUUCUGUUCAACUGGUUGCCUUCAUUAUUGUGUGGGUAUGAAGACCUCACAUUUUUAUUAAAAAUAUAGUUUUGUUGCAGUCUUC